AGUUCUUUAACCGUUUCGUUAAGGGAACGAAGAAGCCGAAAACUUUCUCUGCGCUCUUCUUCUUCUUCUUCUUCCCCAAAAAAAAACCCUAAUUUCUAGAUCCAUCUCUAAGAAACUCUCGUCGUUCCUCUUAAACAUGGCUUCGAAGCUCCCGUUGCAAAACAUCGACAACGCCAAUGUUGCGAAGGCUCCGGCAUCAUCGCUAGCUUCCGCUGGGAAUACAGUUGAGCAUAUCCUACUUUGUCCUGAUUCUUAUAUAGGAUCGAUUGAGAAACAUACCCAAACGCUUUGGGUUUAUGAGAAGGAAGAGAUGGUUUGUCGUUCUGUUACUUAUGUUCCUGGAUUGUAUAAGAUCUUUGAUGAGAUCCUUGUGAAUGCUGCUGAUAAUAAACGGAGAGAUCCGUCUAUGGAUUCUGUCAAAGUUGUGAUCGAUGUUGAGAAGAAUCAGAUUAGUGUGUGUAACAGUGGUGAUGGAGUUCCUCUUGAAGAAGGUGUUUAUGUGCCUGGGAUUUUUUUUGGUCCUUGGUUGAGUAGGAAUUACGAUUAUAAUGUUAAGAAUACUACUGGUGGAAGAAACGGAUUUGGUGCUACGCUUACAAACAUCUUCUCUACUGAAUUCAUUAUAGAGAUUGCAGAUGGGAAGAGAUCACUCAAGAAGUAUAAGCGGGUCUUUGAAAACAAUAUGGGGAACAAGUCUAAACUAUUUAUAACCAAGUGCAAUAAGAGUGAGAAUUGGACGAAGGUUACAUUCAAGCCUGAUUUGAAGAAGUUUAACAUGACUGAAUUGGAGAACGAUGUGGUUGCUCUAAUGAGUAAGCGAGUGUUUGAUAUUGCUGGCUGUUUGGGACAGACUGUCAAAGUUGAGCUGAAUGAAAAACGAGUACCAAUUAAGUCAUUCAGUGAUUAUGUUGAUCUCUACUUAAGUGCCGCCAGUAAAUCAAGGACUGAGCCUCUCCCAAGGAUGAAUGAGAAAGUUAAUGAUAGAUGGGAGGUUUGUGUGAGCUUAAGUGAUGGACAGUUUCAACAGGUUAGCUUUGUCAACUCCAUUGCGACAAUUAAGGGUGGUACGCAUGUUGAUUAUGUGACCAACCAGGUCACAAAGUACAUUGUGCUUAAUGUGAACAAAAAGAAGAAAUACCCUAAUGUCAAGACUGAUAAUGUGAAGAACCAUCUGUGGGUCUUUGUCAAUGCUCUGAUUGACAAUCCUGCGUUUGAUUCUCAAACAAAAGAAAGACUGACUCUUCCAGAGAGCAGUUUCGGGUCGAAAUGUGAACUUUCAAAAGCUAUCCUUAAGAAAGGCUUAGUGGAGCAUUUCUUGUUUUCAUGGAAAACUUGGGUGCAGAACGAAGAACUGAAGAUAAGCGAUGGAGCCAAAACAGAGACGGUUGAAGUAGAGGAGUUAAUGGAUGCAGAGAAAGCCGGAGGGAAGGAAUCUGAGCCUGGCACUCAUAUUUUUCCAUCGAUGGUUGAUGACCUCACGCUUGAAUACUAUGAGAAGAAAAAGGAAACUAUGCUGAAGAAUCAGGAAAUUAUGCUGAAGAAUCUGGAACUUGAGCUGCUGAAACUAGAGAAAGCUGAUGAUCAGAAGUUGAGAGAAAAAUGGUUCACAGAAAUCCUGGAAAAUGCCAAGCCUGUCGAAGCAGCAGUUGCUGGAGCAACUAAUGCAGCUGAAAAAAGCUCAUACUAUAAUUACCUAUUGCAAUUUUCUGUUUUGAUUACAGAUACAGUACAAGAGGUAAGGGCACAGAGAGAUCAAAUGAUGGAUGCAGUUGAAGACUUGAAAAACGCCACACCGGAAUCCCUCUGGCUCAAAGAACUAGAGGAACUUGAUUACGCUCAAAUUGUUUUUCAUUGUGUUUUGUUUUUCUAGAAACAACUGAAACAGCGAAAGAAAUUUCUCUGGAUGACGAUGAUGACGACGUGGUAGUGUCCCCGGAGAAGAAAGUGAGGAAGCUGAGAUCGUCUCCGUUUAACAAGAAGAGUAGUUCAGUGAUGAGCAGGUUGGCUAAUAAGGAAGAGGAGAGCAGCGAGAAUGCAGCUGGAAACUCAUCGUCAGAGAAAUCUGGAGAUGUUUUUGCGAAUAGGGGGUAUGUGUGGUGGAGUGAUUCGGAGAGUGAAUCUGGGAAUGAGUCUGAGUUUGAUGACAUUGAAGACGAUGAAGAUGAUGAGUAGAGUUAGAGAGAACUAACUCGGUUGUUGAUAAUGAUUCAACUUAAUUUCAGACUUUAGUUUCUCCCUCUCGUCUUCUUUAGAGUUUGGUGUUAUUAUUCUGAUGAAAGACUUAUUUUCUCUAAGGAUUGGCACAAAACUCUGUUUUCUCUAUUGAUUAUGCAUUUAGUUUCAUUAAUCA